AAAAUAGCAGUUAAAAAAAAGCAAUAAAACCUAACACGCCUUAUAUAGCAUUGGAUUAUGGUACAUACAUAUCAUAUAGCAUUAAAUGGGUAAAUCCGUCACACGACAAUGUGACGAAUAUUAUUAUAUAGUUUGUGGUUACAGCUGAAUCAAUAAUGUUAUCAGGCGAAUAAAGGCUUCGGUGCGAGUAUAAAUAAUGUAAAUCAUAUCAAGCGUCUUUAGUACAGCUCCAAACUUACAACAAACACAAGCUGUACUCCUUAAUUUAAAGGCUUAAAAACCGAUUCAAAAUGAACAAUUACAUACAAGUUAUAGUUCUGUUAGUGUUAGUCUCCGUUGCUAUAGAAUGUAUUACACCAACCAACAAGUUUGAAGACGGCCUGCUAAGAUUAAUAGAGAAAUGUCGAAACGACGACGUCCAGUCGCUGCCGUUUGAAUUUCCUUCGCUAAAGCGUCUGAGGAUUCCUCCUAUGAUGUUUAAUUACCAUGGAUAUAGAAUGUCGGUCAGUGAAACAAAAGUCAAAGGGUUGGAAGAUUUAUCGGUACAGAAGCUUUCUGCAUCUCCGGUAAAUAUGACGAUGGCGAUGGAAAUAUUCGUACCCACGCUGGCUAUCCGAGCAGACCGGUACCAUCUGCAGGGCACAAUAAUGUACAUUUUCUCAAUAGACGACAAGGGAGUAUUCAAGUCUAACGUCAAUAGACUGCGAGCCCGAGCGAACAUAAAGUUUGGGGCUAAAGAAAAUGACACAGUUGUGACUCAUCUCAAGCUCGACUAUUCAGUUAAUGACAUUAAGAUACAACUAGGCGGCAGCAGUGACACUGUGAACGGCAUUGCAAAUAACAUGAUAUCGGAUCUCAUAAACAGCAGCGAAACCAAAAACCGGCUUCAGCUUUUAAUUAAACAACAGGCGAAUAGAUAUCUCCGAGGGCAUACACCACAAGAAUUCGUUGAAAUAGUUUCUAGGAUAUGAGUAUAUUUACUAUUUUAAAGCAUUUAAAGCUGGUCGGCUAGCACGACGCGCUAUCAACAAGCAAGUCUUCUAAUUAGACAGUGUAUUAUUACGCGGGACUCGAAGUAUCGCGAGAUGUGCUUAGUAUGGGCCUGCCUGGACUAGCUAGCUAUACACGCCGCUUCAAAAAUGUUCUUCAAAGCUGUGCUGUAUUGUGCGUGAGUUGCGAAGGGCUUUUAUGACAAAUAAUGUAAUUUUAUUUACAGUACAUAUGGUGCUACUCAGAGAUGGGCAAAAUGUAAACGACUAACGAUUAACGAUUAAGACUAAAAGAAUUAAUUGCGACUGACGAUUGAAAACGACGACUGAUCAAUCGUAGUUGUAUAGAGUGCAACUAAUUUAGUUACAACUAAAUUAGUUGCCGAUUGAUUACGGACAACUAAUUUUUGUAAUCGUCUAAUUAGUUAGACUAUUUUUUUGGCGACUAAUGUUAGAAGCAAAUUAAAUGGAAAACCUACAUUAUUGUUUGCGACUUGUAAACAUUGCAGUUUUUCGCUAUUUAUCGUUACCUGUAUCCAUAAUAUAACGAUAUAUACUACACAUAUAUCGUUAUAAAUGAGCGGAAUUCUUCAUAGCAAAAAUCAAACUGUCAGAGGGAUUGACCUAACUGUUUUAUCGACUUAUCGAUGUUACGGAAUAAUAUCGCAUUAGGUAUCCAUAAUCAACUUAAAAGAUUAUUCUAUAACAUUUGACCUCUUUGAUAAGCAACUUGUAUUUCCGUAUUAAAGUAAAUCAUGUCAGCGUCACAUAUGUCAUUUAUGUCACUUGAGUUUUCAUGAGUGAUUUCCGUGCCGUGUUACUAAAAUGGUUAAUCCUAAAAGAAAACAAUAAAAAAAUGGAUAUGGAUACAGAAAGAUUCUUAUUUCAGUUUCAAAGAAGAUUCUUCCACAAUAUAUUGCUCUAAAUGUUACGUUCAUUUACAUCAUAAAAGUAUUUUCUGUUUUAUUCUUUACUAUUAUACCAAAAUACAGUGGCGGUCAGCUAAUUAGGGACACCUGUGUUUCGUUAAGUGACAAAUAUUUAUCGAUAAGUCGAUAAAACAGUUAGGUCAAUCCCUCUGACAGUUUGAUUUUUGCUAUGAAGAAUUCCGACAUAAUAUUACAUUGUCAUGUCAAAACCAGCGAUGACAUAGUUUUAAUAUAGAUUUAACCGUGAAAUAUAGUCGAUUGAAACUAAAACUAAUUUAGUUGUUAGUUGUACAUUCUCACAACUAAUUUAAUCGCAACUAAAUUAAUCGCAAUUAAAAAAUUACGAUUGAUAUUUUAAUCGAUUGAUUAGUUAACUAAAAAAAUAAUCGAUUAAUGCCCAUCUCUGUAGCACUGCUACUUUACCGCACUAGUGCGAAAAUUAGCAUAUUACGUUACUGUGUCGAACAUUUAAAGGGCCAUAUAUGUACUGUAAAACGUUGUACGAUACAUGUGCGAAUAGGUAAUUCGCAACUCGUGUCGAUUUAAAACACUCCCUUCGGUCGUGUUUUAAUUUAUCGCCACUCGUUUCGAAUUUCCUAUUUUUCGCACUUGUAUCGUAAUGUACUAUUACAGUACAUAUGGCGCUACCAGGUGCUACUUUACCGCCUUAGUGCGGUAACUAGCACUAUACGUGCGUAUGUCGAAAUAUUUAAGGGCCAUAUGUACUGUAAAACGUACAAUGCACAUUACUUACAUUAUAUAUUAAAAAAAUUAUUAACAUUACGAUUGUCAGUCUGUUAUAAAAUAGUACAUUUCUAUACAAGCGCGAAAAAUAGGAAAUACGCAACGAGUGGCUAUAAAUGAAACCACAACCGAAUGGAGCGUAUUAAAUCGACACGAGUUGCGAAUUACCUUUUCGCAUUUACAAUCGUAGUGUUAAUACAAUUUUAAACAUAUAAUGUAACUAAAGGAUGACGGCCAUUUCUUUUAAGUUAUGCUUAGAAACCAAGAAAUUAUUUCUUUUAGAAAUUAAAUAUGUAGAAUCUACCCAAACCAUGACAUUACGCCAUAUUAAACAAGCAAUUAAAUUA